AGUUCGCGCUACCCACGGACAGGCAGAUUCAAGAAAUGAGAUACGACGAAGAGGUGGAACGAACGGUUUGUGAAAACGGACAGAAGUUUCAAGGAAAGGAUUGCCUUCAGGACCACAACGCGGCGAGAUGCUGUGGCCCCGUUGAACGAUCGUCCAUGCACUGAAUAAUAACACAAAGUAAAAAUGUUACCUACGAAUUCGAGCAAAAAAAAAUUGUGCAUCUGCAAGCUGAAAUCUCAAAUUGUUGUCGUUGCCAAAUAAGUCGUGCACAACGCAAUCCUGUGGUCCCGGAAUAUGGCUUCGUCCACGAAGAGGUCAUGGAAACUCCAGGAUUUUGUUGCCCACUCGUCCAAUGUCAAUUGUUUGGCAUUAGGUCACAAAUCUGGACGCGUUUUGGUCACUGGCGGUGAUGAUAAAAAAGUAAAUUUAUGGGCAGUUGGAAAACAGAAUUGUAUUAUGAGUCUGAGUGGUCAUACCACUCCUAUUGAAUGUGUAAGAUUUGGACAGACAGAAGAUUUAGUAUGCGCUGGCUCGCAAACAGGAGCACUAAAAAUUUGGGAUUUAGAACAUGCUAAAUUAGCUCGUACAUUAACAGGACAUAAAGCAGGUAUACGUUGUAUGGAUUUUCAUCCUUAUGGAGAAUUAUUGGCAUCAGGAAGUUUAGAUACUGCUAUUAAACUUUGGGACAUAAGGAGAAAAGGUUGUAUCUUUACUUAUAAAGGACACAAUAGGAUGGUAAAUAGUUUAAAAUUUAGUCCUGAUGGUCAGUGGAUAGCUAGUGCAGGAGAGGAAGGAAUGGUUAAGUUGUGGGAUUUAAGAGCUGGUAGACAGUUGAGAGAGUUUUCUGAACAUAGAGGUCCAGCAACAACAGUGGAAUUUCAUCCUCAUGAAUUUUUAUUAGCCAGUGGAAGUGCAGAUAAAACAGUACAUUUUUGGGACUUGGAAUCUUUUCAACUUGUAUCUUCUACAGACCAAAGUCAUUCCUCUGCAAUUAGAUGUCUCUAUUUCAGUCAAGGUGGAGAAUGUCUUUUUGCUGGUUGCCAUGAUGUGUUAAAAGUUUAUGGUUGGGAACCAGGUAGAACAUUAGAUUCUAUUCCAACUGGUUGGGGAAAAGUACAGGAUAUAGCUAUAGCUCAGAAUCAAUUGAUUGGUGCAAGUUAUCACACUGCAAAUAUUGUUUUGUACGUGUGUGAUUUAAAGAAAAUUGCUCCAUUAGGAGGAGUUUCAACAUCUGGUUCUCCAUUUAGUCACGGAAAUUCGUUAAGGAAAAGUUUUUCUAGAGAAAGACCACCUGGAUUAAAAAAACAUACAUUAGAUGUACGAACUAUAGAAGAAGUAGAUAAAUCUGGAACUGAUCCAGAAGAUGAAUCAACAUAUGCAGAUAUUCCUAAUGUUACUGAAUAUCAUGACAUUUUUCAGCCCAAUAGAUCAUUGUCUCGCACUCCACCUCCAGAACCUGAGGCUUUCGAGGAGCCUCAAGAUGUGGAUCCUACACAACCACAAAUACUGCAAAAUUUUUCUACCUCAAUGUCAAGCUUAAAUAUAGUGGAUUCAGAAGAGGUUCCACCAAUUUCAUCACCGUCAUCUUCGCCUCCAUCCGCAUCAACGUUAUCGUUAGCAAAGCCUGUACCAGUUCGUGUUCAACCAAUUAAAACAUCGCCCCCUCUUCAAAGAAAUUCGAUUACGACUACUAGCCAAAUAAAAGCGAAUCUUCAAGCAAAUAAUGGCCUUGGUAGAACUUCGAAAAAUUUGGCAUCUAUACCACCUUUAAGACAGAACAUCACACCUCUUCCUGGGAAAAAAAGCUGUCCUAAUAAUGAUAUAACAACACUUCCACAACCUCUAGGCCCUCAAAGAUCAAACUCUACUCUAACACCUCGUGUAGCACCAAUGGCUGCCGUUCUUCCAGUAAUGGAUGAUGGAAAACUAAAGAAUAGAGCACCUAGCCCCGAUUCUCCUAAGCAUUAUUUAAAAAGACAAAAUAGCUGUAGAGAUGGAGAACAGGGUUACGAAAGCGAUUACCCGGUACAAAUUAAUAGUAUAAGGCACAGUCCCUCCGAUCCUGCGUUAAACAGGCCGAAUACUGCGCAAUCUAGGUCCACUUCGCUGAACAGGAAUUUCGCUACCUCAAUGUCGCUGUCCGCGCGCAACGCUUCCACAGCCACGACAUUCGCCGCAAAGAAAUCAAAUAAAGCUCAAGUAGCCCCGAAUCUUAAGCUAGAGAUCCGCGCCUCUCAGAUAAGGCCGAGUAUUGAGAACGCGGACAAAGGGGAAUUCGUUCCCAUAAGUGCCGAUAAACCUUAUGGUUUGGAUGUUGAAACUUUCUUACCAAACCACUAUGCAAAUCCAACUGGGUUAGGUUUUUCUCAAAUGGGAGUUCUGAACGAGAUGUCUGAGGCUGAAGUACUCAACAGCAUGAUGCGUGGUCAUGAAUCUAUGAUGGCGGUGCUUACCAGUCGUCAUCGGUCGUUGCAAAUCAUUUAUUCUCUGUGGCAUAAUAAAGAUCUUAAGGCUGCUGUGGAAUCUGCUGUGGCAAUGAACGAUCUUUCAGUCAUUGUGGAUCUAUUGGGAAUACUGACGUUGAAACCAACGAUGUGGAAUUUGGAUUUAUGUAACUCUCUACUCGGUCCAAUCGGUGAUCUGUUACAAAGUAAAUACGAAAUGUAUAUAACUGUAGGAUGUUCGGCGUUGAGAUUGAUCCUGCGAAACUUCGCGUCCGUGAUAAAAUCGAACGUGGAGGCGCCCCUUCACACGAUCGGUGUCGACGUGUCACGGGAGGAAAGAUACCACAAGUGCCUCUCCUGUUUCGAGAAGCUGUCUACGAUCAGAGGUAUCCUGUUGAAGAAACAAGGGACGCCGGGCAAAUUGGGCGUUUUGUUCCGCGAGCUGGCCGUGCUGAUAAGGAGCAUCGAGUGACCACGGCUUAGGAACUUGGUGAACUCGACCGCCAGACUCGUCGUUACCUGACAGGGAAUCGAGAAGACUCGAGGAAAGAGGGGCGUGUGGACGCCGACCACGAGGGAGAAUCAUCAACACUACGCUCACUACGAGUUGCCUUACUCGGGGAAGCUUGGCGGAUCAGUUCGCCGAGGAACACUCUCCUCCUCGCUCCUCGCCUCGUUCCGGGUCCUAACUUCCGACCCGGCGCCACGUUCGAGGAGGGAGACGAACGAGCAGCGGAAGACAUCCGUGAAAUUGACGAAGAUGAUGAAGCUGAAACGAUGCUGAAACUAUGCUGUGAAACAGAAGAAGAAAAAGAAGAACGAGUACUUUUUUCUUCCCCCCCUCCUUUUUUUUUUUCCUUCAGCAAUAAACGAUCCAAAACAACAAUCGAUGAAGGAGGAGAAUCGUAUUGGAUAUCGUCGCGCAAUGUAAAAAUUGUUUCGAGAUCCGUUUUAUCGACCGUGCACGACUUUACCGUCGGCUCCGCAUCGCGCGCAACAGUUGGAGCCUUGUCCCGUUUACGAAGGGAACACUUAAAGUGGACCCGUGACUCCUUCGAGAACAGUUUGAGAAAAGUUUCGUCGCGAUCUGCUUAUUGUCCCCUAGGGAGAGAUAUAGAAUGAGAGAGCGAAUGCGUGAAAUAUAUAUAUAUAUAUGAAAAGUGUUGAUGAUUAUAUAAUGUAAAAAAAGAGAAAGAAAGAAAAAAGUGUAAUAUCAUUUAAUGUAUUACGCUGUAUGUAUAUAUAUAUAUAUCGAUCGUCGGUUUUUAAGGAGGUUUUACGAAGUUUGCGGCGCAUGCGCCCUCGCCUCCUCGAGCAGAUAUUAAAUAUGGCGGAAUCGCGAGGACGAAAUUUUUCUCCGUGAUAUUUCCUCUCUUCGUAUCGUUUAUCCGCGAGAAGAAAAUUUGUUGAGAAUAAUAUUAACGAUUAUUAAUAAUAAUUGUCCAUGGCCUUCUUGCCAAUCUCGUGCCCGAUUUACACACGCGAGUAAUCGAACCCCGAUUGAAAUGAAUGAGAAGAAAGAAUACGAUAAUACGACAAGUGAGAGAUAAUUAAGAAGUAUAAUAAUAAAAAAAAAAAAGAAAAAAAGAAGGAAAAAAGAAUAGGGUAGUGAUAUAAUACACAACAAUUUUUUCUUAUUAACUGAUAACAGGAGAAAAAUAACAAAUUGUAUUUUUGCAAGAGCCAUUUGCGUCCUUUCACUAAAUAAAAAAAAAGAAAAAAAAAGAGAGAGAAGAAGAUACUGUAAUUAAUAGGUGUGACUCGAAGAUGACCCCCGAUAUAUAUAUAUAUAUUGUAUUGAACGAUUGAGCAAGAGAAAAAGAAAAUGUUGAAGAGGCGCGGAGAGAGAGAGAGAGAGAGAGAGAGAGAGAGAGAGAGAUAGAGAUUUAGAAUUAAUUCUCCUUUUUUGAAUAUUCAGAGUAUGCGAGAUAAUUCGUCGGAAAAAGAGACGAGAAUAAUAAAAUAAAAAAUCUUGUAUUACUUAACAUACUUUGGAUAGAAUUUUGAACGUUUAAAAGUUGACACGAGAGUUUUGCA